AUGUUCGAAGGAUCGUCGACAGUAAAGGAUGGCUCGAUGGACGUUAAUUCGAUAGACACCCAUGCGAACGCGGAUGACACGACUGCGGAGGUGUCGUCGACUACACAGUUGAACAUUUACGACGAGUCUGAAGACCGCCUGGAAGCGUACCUCCAGAGCGAUAUUGUGAACCACAUCUUCGAUAUGAUGGUCAAUCGAAUUUCGUUGACAGUGUUUCCGAAUAUAACACUGUCGGCAGCCUCCACCAUGACUAACUUGGGCGACGUGCUCUGCGAGAGCGCCGCCGUGACCACCUCGGACAAAGACAUCUGUACCACCUUCACGAUCCUGAAACAGCAACUAAUCUGCCACGCGAAGGAGCCUGUCAUUCGGUGCGACCGGUUACCUCCCCAUAAGAUCACGCCUGUCGAGGAGGACAGCCAGCUAGACAUACACGACCUCGGCGUCAACAUUACCUUCGAAGAAGGACACGCCAUAGACAGACGGCUAUUCAGCGCCGUAGACUCUUUGUAUCAGUAUGCCAAGAGCGAGUACCCUUGUGGUUUGGAAAUUCAGUCUGAUGAUAUCCUGCCUGGUUGGGGACUGGAGGCGGUAGCCUACUUGGAUUAUGAAAACUUGAACAGGUUGAGGCCGCAGUCGGUGAAGAAGGCGCCUCUUUCUUUAUUGUUUAGAAACGACGAAUGCGACUUUGUUAUUGUGAACCGAGGGACGAUAUUUCCGAAUGAUUGGUUGAUUGACUUCGUGACACAAUUGGAGCCUUUGGAAUAUCAGCAUGCUAACGGCACACGGGAGGCGCUGGGCGAGAUCGUGAAGGGGUAUUCGUACCUGACAACUACGUUGGCGAGUCGUCUGGGCGAGGUGAUCGAGCGGCUCACGGCGGCGGGCAAGAGUACGUCGGUCCAGAGUACGCCGGGACAGAGUACGACGGGCGAGACGGGGAAUAAGCGGCCUGCAAACGCGUGUGCAGGUGGCCCUCGAUCGAUUACGAUCACGGGCCACUCGAUGGGAGGCGCUUUCGGGGCGGGCGAGACGUUGCUGUACUCGGCGAAGUGGCCGGAGACGAAGCUGGCGCUGGUGGGUUUCGGCGUGCCGACGACGUUGGACCCGACCGCAGCCCGACUGCUGGCCGAGAGGGCUACAGUGCGUUCAUGGAGCAACGAGUUCGACCCCGUGACCCGCCUCACUUGUCUCACCGAGCAAGGUAUGCCGCGCUGCGGCCCAGCGCCUGUCCCAAUGCGCGACUACUACGCCCCUCUGCCCAAUACCAUCACAAUUCAAAACUACGAACUGGAACAAGCAAUGCCCAAUCUGCGCCAGGACUCCUUCGGAACGCUCUCCCUCAACCUCUUUACCCGACAGGUAGACACCGACCACAUCUAUUUCCCUGCGCCCAUCCAGGUGGCGCAACUUCACACAUGCGCCUACGAAUGCUGGAUGAACCACCGCUUCGGCAAAGACUCCAACAACGCUUCCGAAAUAUGUAAAAUGUGCUCCCUAAUCUGA